ACUCGCGCUUGUCUUUUGCCCCAUGAUUGUCAACUGGUAAGAGGACGGUUCUUUCGAUGGCUGAUAAUCAACUGCCUACAACCACGGAUCCAAAGCAAGACCGUACCCAGCUACGACCAGGUGAAGUUUUCUGGCGUGAUCAUCAACAAUGGUUGCAGGAAAGAGGUUACAUGCUUCGGCCACGCUAUCGACCGGGAUGGGUAGCGUCAUGGAAAGACAAAGAUCCUAUGUAUUGGAACUACGAGGACUCUAAAUGGCUCAAGGCGGACCACGUCAUUGAUGCAACCCGGAUCUCUGACGGCGAACUGGUCGUGCUCAAACGCGUUUCUCAUGCUGAACAUCCUUAUGAAAAAGAAAUCAGUCUCUUUUUCUCUCAAGAGCCGAUCGCAUCUCAUCCUCACAAUCACUGUGUUCCGAUCUACGAUGUACUCGAUCUUCCGGAAGACGACGAUUACUUUAUUCUUGUGAUGCCCUUGUUGCGAGAGUACGACAAUCCACGGAUAAAGUCCAUAGGUGAAGCUGUCGAGUUCUUCCGGCAGUUAUUCGAGGGCCUGCAAUUUAUGCACCAUUGCUGUGUCGCUCACAGAGAUUGUAUGAACCUUAAUAUCAUGAUGGAUCCCAAGCCUCUGUUCCCUCAGAUGUUCCAUCCACGAGACGAUCGAAGAACAUUGGACUUCAAGGGAACGGCGAAAUACUACACUCGGACGGCCCGUCCUACAAAGUACUUCUUCAUAGACUUUGGUCUGUCUCGAAAGUACCAUCCAGGGGACAUGCCCCCUGUUGAACCUGUCAUUUUCGGAGGUGACAAGACAGUACCUGAGUUCACGGAACCCUAUGAUCCUGUCAACCCGUUCCCAACAGACAUUUACUAUGUGGGUAACCUGAUACGCGAGGACUUCUUACAGAAGACAACUGGACUGGAGUUCAUGGGGCCGCUUGUCGCUGACAUGGUGCAGGAUGAUCCAUCGGAACGGCCCAAUAUUGACGAGGUUAUUCGACGCUUCGAACAAAUUCGUCGUUCGCUAAGUUGGUGGACGCUAAGAUCCAGAAUUGUCGAGAACGAUGAAGCUCGAGGCGACCGUGUCGCUCGAGCUGUCCAUCACUUCAUUCGGACUUUGGUUCAUGUUGUCCGGUUUAGAAAUCCCGUGCCUACUCCCUGAUCCGUCUCACACGACGCAAGGGUUUUGCCGGCAUUCCUACUAUGCCUACUCAUUCCAUAAUUUCAUGGUAAUAUCGACGACACUUCAUGAUCUGCAUGUGACGUGCAUGUUGAAUUCUUGCAUCUAGUACCAAGUACAUACCAGGACCGGAGUUUCAAUGGCCGGUAUCCUGUCGUUCGUGGUCGCGCAAGUACUAGAGCAACCUGUUCAGUCAACUAGAUUUGAGCAUUCUUCUGGCUCAUCUGGCUGACCUUCGCAAAGGGACUUCGGUAUGCUCGCUCCCCGUGCUUCGCAUAUUGACCGGUCGUGGAUCCUGACCAACACAGAACACCACAAUCUUCGAAUGUCUAUGAAGCCACUUAUGCUGCACAUACUUCAGGUUGAUCUUUCAAGACGGCCGAUCCGUGACGUGGAGUUUUCCAAGGGAACUUACGGUCGUGACGGACUCCGUGAUAUCAAAUUGUCCAUAACAGUGAAGCUGAAUAUUGGUAUAACUAUCUGACCAACCC